AGCAGCAGCAGCAAGAGGCGGGGCGUUCCGCGUCCCCCCCGCGCCGCGCUCCAUCCUCCGUCCCCGCGCGCUCGCUCGCUGCCCGGUGCCUUGAGCCGCCCGCGUCCUCGGCGCGCUCUCCAUCCUCCCUCCCUCCCGCCUCGCGAGGAAGCGCCCGCGGCCAGCAUGGUGAUCAUAGUCUGCAUCGCGACCGCGUCCGGAUCCACGGCGAUUAAAAAGAAGCAGCAGGACGUGCUCGGCUUCUUGGAAGCCAACAAGAUCGAGUUUGAGGAGAAGGACAUCGCAGCCAACGAAGAGAACCGCAAAUGGAUGCGAGAGAACGUCCCUGCAGAUAGCCGGCCGGCCACUGGGAACCCUUUACCCCCUCGCAUCUUCAACGGCAGCCGGUACCUCGGGGAUUAUGAUGAUUUCUUUGAAGCUAGAGAGAAUAAUGCCGUAUACGCUUUUCUAGGCCUGACUCCCCCACCUGGUUCAAAGGAAGCAGAAGCGCUAGCAAAGCAAGAAGCAUGAAUUCCACCCCCACCCCAGCUUAAAGCCUUACAUAUUCUGCAAAGGGAAAUUUCCACGGCUUUUUAUACAAUAGCAAAAUUGUCUUACGCUUCAAGAAAAAUCGUUUCGUUGUUUUUUUCUAAAAUGCUGAUUGCUGUGCACAGCAUUCCACCAGACAUGAUUAUAAGACGGAGCGCCAAGUGAAAACACAAAUGUGCCACCAGGACCAUGUCAUUAAAUGAAGCAUUUAGAAAUUGUUGAUAUUUUUCCUCCCGUCACCCAAGUGGUGUAAUCUGCUUUUUUGGCAGUGACAUAGGUUUUUUCUGUAAACUUACAAAACAAUGUAUUUUACUAUUAAUAAUGCAGAUAUAUAGUUAUAGAUGUAGAUACAACUGUUUAAACAAAGAACCGUAGCAGCGAAAGCGUCUAUUAAAAACACACAAAAAAGUGCCUGAACUGCCUCAAAAACAUUACUGAAAAAUAACAAAAUACCAUAAUGUUAAUGUCUUUUGAAAAUUACAAUUUAUUUUUCAUUUUUUUUCAACUACAAAAAAGUUAUGAUGUAGUGUAAUGAUAAUUGUAAUAACUUGCUGUGGUUAGGGUAUUUCUUCAUUUGUAGGAUGGAUGUUGAAACAGUCUAUUGUAAUUUUGUAGAACGUGGCAUCCCAGAAAAUGCCACGAGAGUCUCAUUGACGUGACCAAUGUGGGGACCCUCCCACAAAGCAUAGAUUUGAUCAUGGCAUAACGUAGCUGCCUCUUGGGAACUGAAAUACACCAACGUAUACAAAACUUCAGUGCAUCAUGGUGAAAUGUACAUGAAUGACCACGUGGUGUUACAGAUAAGCCAAA